AUGCCUACCUUCAAUACCACCUCGACAGGUCUAGGGCUCGACCACCACCUCCACUCCCCCAUCGUCCAGCAAUAUGUUUACCCAACCUUCAUCGCCGUCGCCUGGUGCAACGCCCUCGACCUGAUCGUCCUCUGCUUCAACACCUUCAAGCGCUACUCCGGACCCUACUUCUGGUCCCUCCUCGUGGCCUCCUUCUGCAUCAUUCCCUUCGGCCUCGGCUACGUCCUCAAGAUCUACAGCAUCACCUUUACAAACUACUUCCUUGAAAUCGCCAUCCUCGAUGUCGGCUGGUCGGGAAUGGUCACGGGGCAGUCGCUCGUCCUCUGGUCGCGGCUGAAUCUAGUGCUCGAUAACCGCCGCGUCUUGAAAGUCUUGCUAUACCUGAUCAUCGUGGACGGGGCAGUCCUGCACAUCUCCUGCACGGCGCUGGAGUUCGCGACGAACGCCCUGCGCGGGUCCAAUGGCGUGGCUACCGCGUUCGACGUCAUGGAGCGCGUACAGCUUGUUGGCUUCUGUCUGCAGGAAUUGCUGCUCUCCGGGCUGUAUAUCUACAAGGCGGUGCCGUUGCUGAAGAUGGAUGCGGAUCGUCGCUCGCAUGGGGUGCUUGUGCAGCUGAUCGUCAUAAAUAUGAUUAUCAUGAUGUUGGAUGUUUCUGUCGUGGUUGUGCAGUAUCUGGGGUUCUUUACCUUUCAGGUUACGUUCAAGGCGUUGGUGUAUAGCAUCAAGCUGAAGCUGGAGUAUGUUAUUCUCGGCAGGUUGGUUGAUGUUGCGCGGGUGCGCUCACCGGCGGCUGCGCGGAUGAGGUUGUAG